GUUGGGUGCGCGGGGCCGAGCGCCUCCCAACAGCUGACGCUGGGUGUCGAUGGCGGUCCGCGCCUGGCGGAUUUUGGGUGAUGGACGGAGCCGCUUCGAUUCUACAAUGAGUUGUGCAAAUUGUGCUUGAAUCUGCAGCCAAAAAAAAUGAUUUUAAAUGUUGGGAGCCAUGAAGGUACCAAAAGUUGCAUAUGUGUUUGUCCUUUUUGUAUGCAUAUUAAUAUAUGUAUAUCAAAAGCGACCUUUUCAAAGAACACAAAAUGGGCUAGGAUUCGUCAUUCAGGCAGCACUUGGACAACCUGUACCUCAAGACUUCUAUGGAAUUAUGUUUGAUGCUGGCAGUACUGGGACACGCAUUCAUGUCUUCAAGUUUACCAAGUUGCCAAAUGGAUCUCCUAAACUUGCACAUGAAACAUUCAAAGCUUUGAAGCCAGGAUUGUCGGCAUAUUCUGAUGAGCCCCAUUUGGCCACAAAAGGCAUUCAGGACCUAUUGGACAUUGCCAAAGAGUCAAUUCCUAGGAACCUUUGGGCAAGCACGCCAUUAGUACUAAAAGCUACUGCUGGUUUACGUCUGUUGCCAGGAGUAAAAGCUCAGCAAUUGUUGGAUAAGGUAAAGGAAGUAUUUCAAUUGAGCCCUUUCCUAGUAACAAACGAUUGUGUUAGUAUCAUGGAUGGGACUGAUGAAGGCAUUUCUGCUUGGAUCACUGUGAACUUUUUAAUAGAUAGCUUGCACGGGGAACAGCGUAACACAACAGGAAUACUUGAUCUUGGAGGAGGCUCUACCCAGAUUACAUUUUUGCCUCACAAUGAGAUAACACUCCAGACCUCUCCUGUUAACUAUAUUACCUCAAUUCAGAUGUUCAAUAGCACUUACACAGUCUACUCUCACAGUUACCUAGGAUUUGGCUUGAUGUCAGCAAGACUGGCGAUUUUAGGAGGAACUGAAGGUAGACCACCUGAGGAAGGGCAAGAACUUGUAAGUUCUUGCUUAUCACCAGGCUAUAAAACAGAAUGGAAGCAUGGUGAAAUUGUUUACAAUGUUAAAGGACAGAAAUCAGGGGAACCCAUCUAUGAUUCCUGUUAUGCAAGAGUAGAAAAAAUACUCUACAGAAAAGUGCAUAAACCUGAAGAAGUGGGGAGUCUGUCAUUUUAUGCAUUUUCCUACUAUUAUGAUAGAGCAGUUGAUGUUGGACUUAUUGAUGAAGUGAAAGGAGGGACUUUAAAGGUUGAGGAUUAUGGAAAAGCAGCCAGACAUGUGUGUCAAAGUAUGGAAUCUGAAUCAACAGAUAAACCAUUCCUUUGCAUGGAUCUCGUGUACAUAACUGUAUUGCUAGAAGAACUUGGUUUUCAGAAAGAUGCAGUUUUGAAGCUCGCCAGGAAGAUCAAUGGUGUCGAAAGCAGUUGGGCACUGGGCGCCACAUUCCAUUAUAUUGACUCUCUUCAGAGAAAUUAAUGUGAAAAAUUAACUCAUGUUUAUGUUAGAAAAUAAUUCAGUCAGAUUGAAUUUAUGGCCUUGUGUAAAUGGUGCUGCUCUUAGGGAGCGAGCAAUCUCCAAAUGUGGGUCUGGGCUUUUCAGAUUGUAAUACUGUUCAAAUGUAAAAUUGUGGUAUAAAAAUGGUGUUUAAUGAUUCAAAUGCUCACCAAUCAAAGCAAUUGGCUAACAUAUUGACAAUUACUUUUCUGUCAAUGGGUGAAGAGAAUGUUGUUUGAUUAGUCAAUCAACAUAAGAGAUAAUGUUUGUAUACUGAAGGAUCUACACUUGCAAGCUGACCCAUAACCAAAGACUGAUUUUCACAGAACGACAUGUUGCAACUUUUCAUGAUCCUCUUCAAGCCAUAAAAGUAAAACUUUUUUUUUGUAUAACAUGCAGAGUUGAUUAUUACUACUGCUGAACCUGCAGAUAAAAGUUGGCAGGAGAAUGGGGUUGAGAAUGGUGAAGCAGGCUCAAUGGGCCAAAUGGCCUAAUUCUGCUCCCAUUUCUUAUGGUCUGUUCGGCAUCACUAAUUUUGAUUCAACACACUGCCUAUAGUCAGUGAAUUGCGAAACUGUGAUGGUUUCCAAUAUCUUCACCUGUCAUGGUCAUCCAAUGUAUUUUAUGGCAGGAUGCUACAAUGAUAGAUACCCAGGUGUCAUGUGUUUGUCAAGUGCCACAGAAACUUAGAAGUCAAAAAUGCUGGAAAUAGAUAAGAAAGCCAGGUAGCAUCUGUGGAGCCAGGAACAGUUAAUAUUUCAGGUCAGUUACUUUUGUCAGUAUGGAUAAAGUUAGAGGUGUAGCACUUUAAUGAAGCACAGGGCAUUAGGUGGAGAAAGAGUAAGGGGAAUGUCUGAGGGGAUAAAAACAGAAGUAAUUAAAUGAUAAGGGAUAAUGCAUUGUAAAAGGUAACACUAAUGGGACAUGUAAGAAAUUAAGCAUGGGUCUAGGGAAGAUUUAAAUGAGAGUAGCAAUAUUAAUAUCUACAACUGCCAUCCAAAAAAGGAGAAUUAUCUGAAAUUAUUGAACUUCAUCUUAAGUCCAGGAACUUGUGAAAGUCCAGUCAAAGGUAAGGUGACCUCCCUUACAUUGAACUUCAUUGGAACUGUAUGACAGCAUUUCCCAAGCUUUUUGCCCAUUGUGACCCCAUUUUGAGAAUUAAGUUGUUGUGAUCCCUUAGUGAGAACUGAAAACAAGGGCCUGUUAGAGGAAAGUUUGGUUAUUGUACCUUGACCAAAAUUCCACAGCAGUCAUUACCUCAGAUCUCAUGACCCCAAAAUCUUACUUCCUGGCCUCUCCUUGGGAAGCUCUGGUGUAAGACUCCAAAGUCAAUGAUAAUGGUUAGAAUUAAAAUGGCAGGCCAUCAGAAAUCUAGGUCAUGUUUUGUGAACUGAAUGUGUACAACAAACCAGUUACCUGGGAACUGCAGUUAGUCUUUCCAGUGUAAAAGAGGCUCUAACAUUAACAGUAAGCCAUAAAAAGGUAAAGUUGCAACAGUCCCUGAGGACCAUAGAACUGUGUUCUCAUCAGAGAGACGACUGGUGGUAGUUUAACCUAAGAGUCACUGUGCCUGAGGUGAGGAGAAAGGUUGAGAAGGAGAGUCCUUCAAUGGCAACCUCAGCCAAUGCAGCAAUGAACCCAUUCUGUUGGAAUCCCUCUACAUUGCAAACCAGCAAACUGACCGCAGCGAACACUGUUAAAUUGAAAGUGGUAUAUCACUUUACUGAAAUGGAGGGUUUGGUGCCUUGAAUAUUAGAGAUGAAAAGGCAUAUGUUCCAACUCUUUCAUUUGCAUGGAAGGAGGAUAGAGCAUUAAAGGAAUAGAUCAGUGUCCUCUUUGGCAAGCUCAUUGAGGUGGAUAGGAUCAACAUUUGUUUAUUGUUGGUAUGCACUUUAGUAGCAGAGUGAUUCUUUAAAUCAGAAGGCUGAUAAGGUGAAAGGCAAGGACAAAGAAUCUUGUUCUUCUGAGGACAAGAAGGAAGGAAAUCUUUAAGGGGAAAGGAAGGCAUUGGUAGCAUGAGCAUGAAAGCUAAUAGUGUAUCAUCAGAACUGAUGCAACAGAGAAACUGGGAGAAUGAAAGAGUGCCAACUGAGUAUUGUCAGUGCCCAUUGUUACUUUAGAUUUCCAACAUCCACAGUAUUUUGUUUUGUGACAGUAGAAGUGACUUGAGUGCUUGUUGAAAAUUGUCUGAUACUCCUGGAAUUUAACUCUGUUAAAGGCACAGCCAUGAGAUAAACAGAAAUUCCCAACAGUUGACUAAUUUGUCUGCAUUAUUAUUUAUACCAUUGAUUCAGUUAGUCUAGUUCCUUCAAUAUGGGAUCUUCCUUCACCACCUCAUCGCAAGUUGAUUGCUAGUUUAUACUUCUCUUUUAUAAUGUUACAUGACUCAUGCAAGGUGUUCAAACUU